CGGGCAAGGUAGCGGGAAGGGUGUCAGGGAGGUAAGGCUGCCUGGACACGUGCUGCAGCUGAGGAGUGGCUGCUGCUGCGGAGGCUGCCAGGACUGGCGAGACUGGAGGUGGGGAAUUUGAGCGGCGGGUGCCGCAGGUUGGUUGAAGGUCCCACGGGAGCAGGUGGGGUUGAGGUUGUGGAGUUGGAGGAGGAGGAAGGGGUGCAAAGCCACGCGCUCUGACUUGGUGUGAGGAGACCAAAAACGUUGGGAUUGGACUCGUAGCUGACGACCGUUCUGGACGUGUUCCAGAGCAUGCUUGGGUACUGUAAUCCCGAAACUGCCUUGUACACUGUACAUCUACGAUAUGGAACGCGUUAAGGUGCCCGAAGCAGUUCGUGUCGUGUUCGCCGCAAACUAAGGCAUGGUGGUUGACUGCCAGUACGUUAGUUUCGGUUGGUUGAACACGGGCCCUUAGCUCUUUAUACUCCGCAAACAGCGUAUAUGUGUUGUGUUGUAAUCCGCCUACAGAUACAAACACUAAGCAAGUGCUGAACGCGAAAGCUUCUGCUCGUUGCACGUCAUUGAUUGGCGCCGGGCUGGCUCCAUGGCCGCCGAUGGUCGCCAGCAGCUUAACGUACUUCUAGCAGCAAUAAGGAAGCAGACUGGGCGCUUACGGGCUAAGGAUUCAACCCCGUACCUGCAUGCUGCUGCAUCGCUUGCACGCGAUGGGGUCUGCUACCGCUGCCUGCUGCGGCUAGCAGGCCACACCUCCUUCGAUGACUACCUGCUCCCCGCUCCAUCCUGCCAGCAGCUGCAAGCCGCGCUUGCGACCGGCAACAGCAACAGCAACCUCAGCAGUAGCAGUAGCAGCAACGGUAGCGCUGACGUCAGCAGUGCUGUUGCCGCCAGCACCUCCGAAGCCGGCUGCCCGACAUGCUUCGGCCUGCUGCCACUGCUGCUGGAGCCGCAACCACCGCAGCCACCACCGGUGCUGCUGCUGCUGCCGCCGUCGCCCCCGUCGCCCCCGCAGCCCCAGCACGCACUCGGUGAGGAUGGUGCAGGAGUGGGGGACAGAGGAGCUGCAACAUCCCCCGCCCCCGCCCCUCUCCCUGCUGCUGCUUCAGCCCCUGCCCCCGCACCCGACCCCGCAUGGCUCCGACUGCAACAGCAGAGGGCGCUCGCAGCGGCCGGCAGCGGGGGGGCGGCGGCGGGGCACGCGCGGGUGCCCGGCUGCUGGCCCGCCACCGCCGCCGUGGCGGAGGUUGUACGGCAGCAGAUGCGGGAGGGGCCCCCGGAGGUGACAGCAGGGGCGGCGGCUGGAGCAGCAGCAGGAGCAGCAGCAGCAGGAGCAGCAGCAGCAGGAGCAGCCGGUAGUGUUACCACUGAUGCAGCAGCCGCAUGCAACACGGCGUCUGGUAGGGAGCAGGCGCCCGGGGCAAGCAGCAGCGGAGCGGAAGGAGGAGGAAGCGGCGACGUGGCUAUGGCCGAGGCAAACCCCGCUCCUGCUGCUACUGCUGCUGCUGCUGCUGCUCCUGCUACUGCUGCCACCAGUAGUUUGGCGGCACUGCCAGACUCAGGACAAGCCCCCAAGCCGGCCGAGCAGCAACCAACGGGGCCACGAGAAGAAGCCUUGGUGGGAGCAGGAGGGCCAGGGGGGGCAGCAGGUGCAGCAGUUGCAAGCCCCUGCCUGGAAGGUCUGGAGUCGGGACCCCUGUUGCCCUUCCGCUCCUUUUCCCUGGAGGUGCCCGCCGCGCCCGCCGCCUGCGCCAUCCGCGACGCUGUCGUACACCGGCAUCUGACGUCGCUGUACGACAAGGCGGGGGUGCCGUACCAGGACUGGCGAGUGGGCGACAUCGUGACGGUGCUCACCGUGCUGCGUCGCUCGCUGCCCUCCGCGCUGUCCCGGCAGCUAGGUCAGCCCUGCGUGGGACCUCAGGCGGCAGACGCGGUGGUGUCGCUGGUGGCGCUGGACGGGGAGGGGGGCAGGGCGGAUGUGCGGACCCUGCUAGAGGACCAGGCGGCCUUCCACACGCGCAGGCAGCAGCAGUACACGCACCCGCAC